AUGGCGGCUACCGGUGCUACGUUGGGCUCAACCAGCAGCUUCUCAACUCGUAUCUCGCUCCGAUGGGUCCCCGAACCUCCAGCAGAGACGACCGAUACGAUCGUUCUCUCUGUCGGAGAAUGGUUUAUUGACUUGCGAAUGGAUAAGGCCUCUGGCGCAAUUGACUGGGCGAUGGCGGGUACACGAAUCGUGGAGAACCCCGGGGAAACACCACUCAAUGUGCGCUUUACCCGGGAGCUGGACUCUCUCAAUGAAAUCGGCAUGGUCGAUCCUGCCAACUUCAGCCCUCUUCCCAACGGCGAUGACCUCGAAACUGGAGAGAUGCCCCGCACCGAUCUCCCCGGUGCGCCGAUGACUGCCUUCGAAGAGGUCUGGAGAGAGCUGCCCUUCAGGGAAGGUCCCGAGGGUGCCAAGAAGGGUAUCUCGUGGAUUCUCGAGUCGGAUGAUAGUAACGUCAACCUAUCCGAGAAAGACGGCGAGGUGACCGUGACCAAGUUGUUUUUCGGUCGGAUCUGGGGCACAUAUUUAGCGUUCCAGCAGGUUCAGACUCAUUCUCAAGAGAAGGGUUCGGAUGGCACGUUGACUCUGAAGAGGACUGGAGCUGAAGUCAGUGCAAGACGGGAGGAAUGGAGUUCUGGAUGGGAGGAGAAGUACGUUGUUGGGCCUGAUGGGGGUGCUGUGCCCUCAAUGAAGACUGGAUUUGAAGGCGAGGGCCAGGGCUCUUGGAGGGUCCCCGGGGAGAAGGUGGUUAUUCAAGGAAAGUCGUUUAUUGUUCGGGCAUUUGAGGAGAUUUAA